AUGCUAUUGGGUGGCUACUCGCUUCACAGCAAGCCCCUCAAUGACGGCGAGCUCCAAAGGUUCAUUGCGGCUCCAGGUAUCGUUGGCCAAGUACAUCGGUGCGUGACUGACAUUCAUACGGAACAUCGGGAGCUCAUCGACAAAACGUUUCCAAAGCUCAAUCGUUGUCUGACCGGUUAUGACUUGGCGCACAUUCGCGACGAGCGUGGACUGGUCAAUCUGAACAACAUUUUGUGUGGUUCUGAAGGAUCGCUGGGCUUCGUAGUGGAAGCCAAACUCACCGUUUUGCCCAUUCCCAAAUUCUCAACACUCAUCAAUGUUUCCUACGCGAGCUUCAUGGAAGCUUUACGCGACGCGCGUGCGCUGAUGGCCCUCAAACCGCUGUCCAUUGAAACGGUGGAUUCCAAAGUACUAGGCCUCGCAAUGCAGGACAUUGUUUGGCACGACGUGGCUGAGUACUUUCCGCCCAAUCCAAGCCGACCGACCUUGGGCAUCAAUCUCAUCGAGUUCAGCGGCGACGACGCAUAUGCCCUGGAAGCCACCGUUAACGACUUCCUUGCACACUUGUCCUCCGACAAAAGCGUUGAGCGAAUCGGUCAUACGUUAGCCAAAGGCGCACAAGCCAUUUCUUGCGUUUACUCGAUGCGAAAGCGUGCUGUUGGUCUGCUUGGUAACGUGAAAGGCGAGAUUCGUCCUCAACCAUUUGUAGAGGACACGGCAGUACCACCAGAAAAUCUAGCUGACUUCAUUACUGAAUUUCGGGCACUGCUGGAUUCGCACAAUCUGCAAUAUGGAAUGUUCGGCCAUGUCGACGCAGGCGUACUCCAUGUCCGACCUGCUCUAGAUAUGAAAGAUCCGAUUCAAGCGUCUCUGGUGCGUUCGGUUUCUGACGGCGUUGCGGAGCUGACUCAAAAGUACGGAGGCUUAUUGUGGGGCGAGCACGGAAAAGGUGUUAGGUCGGAAUACGCGCCAAAAUUCUUUGGCAAGCUUUACCCCGUCCUGCAGCAGUUGAAGACCGCCUUCGACCCAUACAACCAACUCAAUCCUGGAAAAAUUGCGACGCCACUCAACAGCAAUGAGCAACUCCUCAAGAUUGACGAAGUGCCUAUGCGGGGCGAGUACGACCGUCAAAUCGAUGAGCGAGUCUGGCAAAGCUUCGAGAGCGCCGUGCACUGCAAUGGAAAUGGAGCUUGCUACAACUUUGAUCCCAAUGAUGCGAUGUGCCCCUCUUGGAAGGCCACAAGGGAACGCGUCCACUCACCGAAAGGACGUGCAUCGCUGAUACGCGAAUGGCUAAGAAUCCAAGGCAAUGCUGGUAUCGACGCUCUCAAAGUGGCGCAGCAUGCGAAAGACGGAAGCACCGUGGUCAGCCUGCUGAGAAAGUUAAAGACUAGCUUCCAGUCGCGAGGCAUCGAGGAUGAUUUUUCCCAUCAGGUUUUCGAUGCAAUGUCGGGAUGUUUGGCCUGUAAAUCUUGUGCCGGCCAGUGCCCCGUAAAAGUAAACGUUCCUGAGUUUAGGUCUCGUUUUUUGGAGCUUUACCACACGCGCUACUUCCGCCCGCUCAAAGACUAUUUGAUUGGAUCCUUGGAGUUCACGGUACCCUAUUUUGCAAGAGUACCCUGGUUCUACAACGCCCUUAUGAGUGCGAAGCCAGUCAGCCUUUUUCUGAAGAAGUACGGGGGUAUGGUAGACAGCCCAUUGCUCAGCAACAUAAGUUUGGCCGAAGCGCUCAAAAAAGCGAAAGUUAAAAUCGCUACGUCAGAGACGCUCUCAUCACUGACUGAUAGCGAGCGCAAACGAAGCGUAAUUUUGGUACAGGACGCCUUCACCAGGUACUUCGAAACCCAAGUGGUAUCGGACUGGAUUGAACUGAUAUCUAAGAUCGGAUACCACAUUUACCUGGCUCCAUUUUCGCCAAACGGAAAGCCCCUCCAAGUUUUAGGCUUUUUGGGAGCGUUUGAAAAAACAGCUAGAAAAAGUUCGGCCAAGCUGAGCGAGUUGGGCAAAUUUGGUAUCCCCUUGGUAGGUCUGGAUCCCGCAAUGACGCUUGUCUACCGCCAAGAGUAUUCGAAGCUAUCAGCUGAGAACGCUUGCCCGAUGGUAUUUUUGCCACAGGAAUGGCUUGCCAAAAUUUUCGAGGUUGGAUCGCCGGUGAUAAACAAUCGCGCAGCUUCCCAAGCCCCCUACUUGCUAAUGGCUCAUUGCACCGAAAAAACGAACACCCCUGCAAGCACUGCCCUUUGGCAAACAGUUUUUGAAAAGUUCGGCAUGAAGCUGACUGUCUUGGCUACAGGUUGCUGCGGGAUGUCCGGUACCUACGGUCACGAGUCGAAAAACUACGACACCUCCAAAAAAAAUAUAUGGUCUGUCGUGGCAACCUGCCGUGGACAAACACAAAGCCAGCGGAAAGCUUCUGGCCAAUGGUUACUCCUGCCGGAGCCAGGUGAAGCGAUUUGGGGA